AUGUCUUUAAUGUCUUUAGAGGACCAAGAAAUCCCUGACAACUCUAUUCUGAAUGACAAUGAAAUGUGGGAUAGUAUGGAAAAUGAUGUAUUAUUACCGGGUGAAUCUUCUUAUAUUAAGACAUUAACCGAAGAAUAUAAUGAUCUGGUGGCGAUAAACAAAACGUUUAGUAAAGUAAAUGAGAAUUUGCAAGAGGCAAGAAAUAAGCUACGACAAUUUACGAAAAAUAUCGAGCAGACAGAUGAAUUAUUGGAUUUAUGGAUAAAUAUUUUAUCUCAAAGCACUCACACACAACAGUUAUUGUCUGAUCCAUCAUGGGAAGGUAUUACGGAGGAAAGACGUCGAAUAAUUGAAGAAACAGAGCGGGAAGAAAAAGAACGACAAGAUCGUGAAAAGGAGGCGCAUGAACGAGAGGAACAGGAAAGACAGAUUGCUAUUGAAAAAGCUAAAGAAGCCGAGAUUGCUAAAUUAUCUAAUAAACCAAAAAUAAAACGUGGAAGAACAACAACAAAAACGCGCGGGCGAAAUUAA